CUUUUUACGGUCUGAGGGACAAUUUGCCAUGCCCCAGGAGUGUCUAUAUUUCAUAGAACCAGCAUAUUUAUUGAAUCCCUUGGAAAGAUUUAUAAACUCAAAUUUCUUUUAUCGAUUUUCGACUGUUUAUUUACGCAAUUUUAGGAUUCAAGCGAAGAAAAUAGAGCAUACUUCAUACAACCAGUAUACUUCUAUACUAGUAUACUUGUUGAAUCCUUUUGGAAAUAUCCAACAGAGACUGUUUAUCACUUUCGGCUGCAAUGAAUAACUGCCUCCAGUUUAAAUUAAUAAAAUAGACCCAAUUCUACCAGCCGAAGGAGCCAAUUUCAAUAUGGAAGAGGUGUCGUCUGAUGUGAACAGCUCCUCCAACAACUCCCCCAGCAUGCGUCCUCGAUUCCGAGGUCCCCGCAGGAUGGGAAUCAUGCAACCCAAAUGGACAGUACCCCACCAGUGGUGCAACAACAACCGCCCCAAUUCAUUCACAGAAGUGGUAAUGAUUCUGUCCAUUCAGACGAACUCAGAAUCAGCCGAUGAUUUGAGAAGAUAUGAUUGGCUGAAGAAGAAAGUGACGGAAACUGGUUUGGAUGUUAGGCUUGGCGACCACAAAGGCAAUGUAGCCUUUUUCAUAUCAGCCAAAUAUCAAGUGCUUCUUACUCAAUCAGAAGAAUGUCGCAUGAAGAAGCUGCUCAAAGGAGACUACGGGGGAGGCCUCAAUGAAGUACUGUUGGACCAAAUAGACUUUUUUCUAAAUGUAGAGGACGAAGACCUUUUCUUUCUCUCGCAAGAGAGACAGUUUCUGAUCCUGGACAUUCUGAAUGGGAUCAAGGCCUCAGAGGAAGAGGAGACUCCCUUCGACAACAUACACUUCCUAGAAGACCAGCCUAUCAUUGCUGUGCUGGAGGCGAUGGGAGUGGUGAGUCAGCUGUUCCCCCUGCACGAGAAAGAGGGAAUGCAGGACCUAGUGGAAAAGUGGAUACAUGUAUCUCACUGGAAACAACCAAUCGACAUGGUGAAAGACUACUUUGGGGUUGAGAUCGCCUUCUACUUUGCAUGGCUCGGAUACUACACCUGGUGGCUCACUAUCCCCGCCCUCAUUGGAUCUCUUCUCUGGUGGAUAUCAGCCGAUCAGUACCUGUCGGACUUGUUUGCCGUCCUAUUCUCAAUUCUCAAUGUAGUCUGGGUUACUCUAUUCUUGGAGUUCUGGAAGCGCAAGUCCAGUGCACUGGCAUACACUUGGGGAACCCUGGACAAUCAGUCUGAGAUGCUCCAGUACCCCAGGGCCCUUUUCAAGGGUACACGUCAGUACAAUGACAUCACUAGUAGAUAUGAGUUGUUCUAUCCCAACUGGAAGCGCCUCCUGUUCAUCGCCUUCGUCACCAUCCCCACCCUCGGACUCAGUCUAGUAGUCGUGUUCGGAUCCAUGUUCGUCACUUUCGAGCUGCAGAACUGGAUGGACAAAAACAGUGAGUGGGGAGUGAUGAGGAUGUUGCCUAAAAUACUCCUGUCUGUGCUCGUGUUCCUCUCGGGCGACUUCUACCAGAAAACAGUUAUAUUCCUAAACGACAAAGAGAACUACAGAAGCGAGCAGCAUCACAGGAAUGGACUCAUUGUCAAACUGGGAAUAUUCCACUUCACGAACAACUUCUUCUCCCUCUUCUACAUUGCCUUCUACCUCAGAGACAUGACCAGACUCAAAGAGUUCCUCGCAGCCCUGUUGAUAACUCGACAACUAGUCGGCAACUUCAAAGAAGUGUUCGUUCCUUUCUUCAUGAACCAGUUCAAAACCGAGAAGCUGUCCCGAUCAGUUGUCAUGGCCCAGGAAAACAAAACACUGGCAAUGAAACGAGAUCCUCCGUCUGAAUCACUAGAAAAUCUUCACUCGUACGUGCUCGGAACAUCCGAAGCCACAGAGGAAUCGCAAUCCAAAAACGACAAUUGUACCACGAGGUCUGCGACUAGGGCCACACUGCCUGAAAUUGCUGAACAAAAUUCUGGCGAAUCAGAAAGCAGUGAAAAAAUUAAUCCGAAUGCAAGUUCAGCUGAUGAACACGUGAAGAAGUUCAAGUCUGUGAUGAAAGGGGCAAUGGAUGACGCGGCAGGAACGUUUACACGGAUGCUCAGUGCUGCUCAUAUUAGACCGCGAAAGGUCCCAGAGGAUGGUAUUUCGAAAGACUCAUUUCUGACCCAAGCAGCGAUCGAAAGUGAAAUGUCAACAUACGCGGACUUGUUCGACGACUACCUGGAAAUGUUCAUCCAACUGGGCUACGUCGUCUUUUUUUCCUCCCUCUUCCCCCUGGCCGCUCUCUGCUCCCUCGUGAACAACAUCUUCGAGAUCAGAGUGGACGCUUUUAAACUCACCCACGCGUACAGACGCCCAUUCGCCAAAACAGCAUCCGGCAUAGGAGUAUGGCAGAACAUGAUGGACGUGAUGGGUGCGAUUGCAGUGAUGGUCAACUGUGGCCUCCUGGUCUCCUCGGGACAACUGCAGCGUCUCCUUCCCAGUCUGUCUCAGACCGAAAUUGUGGUGAUAGCGGUGGUGUUGGAGCACAUAGCUCUGGGUCUGAAGUGGUUCAUCUCCAGACUGAUCCCAGACAUUCCCCAGUGGGUGGAGGCGGAGAUGGCCAAGGUCCAGUUCAAACGAAUACAGGCACUCAGGGAUCUGGAAACACUAGCUUCGCGUGGCAACAUGACGUAUCCUCAAUCAACCAGUAGCUCCAAAGGACACAACGCAGGCAACUUAGAGACGGCAGCUCUGAAAUCAGUCGAAAAGUAUCUGAAUCAAGACUGAAAACGGUUUCAGGACCAGUUGCCAACUUAAGAUCGGCGAGUGUAAAUUCAUGAGCCGGUGAAAGAGGAUGGGUCCAAAAUCAAGAAUAAUAAAAACGAUUAGACCAGAACCGAUUGACAAAAAGUAUAAAUAACAACAGGGACUACUGUAUUAAAUUAAAAUUUUUAUUAAUUAUGUUUAGUUAUUGAUUAGGCUUUUUUAUGUUAACCAAGAAUAAAUUGAAAAAAAAGAACUUGAUUUCUUUGUACAUUCCUAUUAAAAUCAAGUUUUGUAGAAUAUGAAUAAAUAAAUUUUUGUUGAUGUAAUUUUGUGAAUGAUCGACAUGAAUUUUUACUUUUUAUAUCGU